ACACCCCACACCCUUAUUUUAGUAUAUUUCUAUCAGAAAUUAAUUAAUGGGUGACGCAGUAUAAAUUAUAUUGUUAGUAUUCUUAACAUUUGUCCUCUAUUAUGCCCAUGAUGGAAAGACGUUUUAUUAUUAAAAAAUAGAGCUUGAAAUUUUCUACAAAACAAUAUAUGACACCGCCCGAAAACUGUUUUAGAUUUUUUUGAAAAAAGCUGAAAACUAAAGCCAUACAAAAAGCUGUAAAAACUAACGAGUUGAGCAUAAUGAAUGAUCACACUUUGCACCUCGUUUUUAUCGCUUCGCAGUAUUCGAAAAAUAAAAUAAACCAAAAGAUACUGUGUGAAAAACUCUAGAAUUUACAUAAGACCGCUUACUUUAUGGUUGUACUUUUGUUUUCAAAACAGAUAAUAUUUUUAGCGAUCAAAUUCAACAGUAUCAAAACGAGACCUUGUUUUUGUUCAAAAUGAAAUCGGUUUUUCUUAUUUCAUCUUGUUAUUACUUGAUAUGUUCUAUUUACAAAAAAGUAAAAUACACUACAAAAUGCUGAAAAAAAAGCUGUACAAUCUACAAAGAAUAAUUAUAGAAAAGUGAAAAAAGAAAAAAGAAAAAAACCAAUUCAUAUUGUGCCAAACAAAAAUCAUUUUUGCAUAGUCAAAAUCUGAUUCUUCACAAUAUUGUUCAUUUUGAAAUCAAAAAGUGCAACUAGGGUGUGGGUGUAACCAUAUGAUAGAUCAACAUUCACACGCACACCCCACACCCACAUCCACCCUUUCUAACAAUAAGUCAUUUUGGUCGAUUCAGCUGCAUUAAAAAUGAUAUCACCAUUAUCUCCAGUUAUACCAGGAAAAUCUCAUGUAUAAUUUUCAAUAACAUUUGAACCAACACAAAUUGGGCUUUAUCAAUGUUCGCUAUCAUAUAUAAUUAAUAAUUUUUAUCGACAUUAUGUUAAAAUAAUAGCUGAUGUUCAUUUACCAACUGUACAAUUAUCAACAGAUAAACUUCUUAUACGUUAA